UAAGGAAAACGAGUCAAGACAAGCGUGGCCAAUGUUGUCAUCCCCGACCACAACACACCCAAGUCACCUCUAAUCAAGGUGUCAUUUCCUCGAUAUUUAUACCAAUUUACACCUAUCCUGAGUUAUAUCGACCAUGGCCACAGUUCAGUGUUAUAAUAAAGGCUGUGGCCAAAAGUUUAAGCUCGAAGAAAACACAGACGAUGCAUGUGAGUACCACCCAGGCGCCCCGAUAUUCCAUGAUGCGUACAAGGGGUGGUCGUGCUGCAACAAGAAAAGUACAGAUUUUACUACAUUUCUUAAUACAAAGGGCUGCACAAAAGGAAGACAUAACCCGGACAAACCAGUCGAACCACAGAAGCCCAAGAUUGAUCAAUCAACGAGAGAUGAGGUCAUAACUGUUGAGUCAUCUAAACAAGCCCCUGCUCUCCCUAGACCAGAAUUUGAUUCCCCUUUGAAAAGACUUCCAUUAACUGUCUCCCAGUCACUGAAACAGGCUUUAGAAAAGACAGAAGGUCAGAAAGACACAGAGAAUAAGACUGAUGGAGACGAGAAGAACAUAUGUGGAGUGAAGAUUGGAGAAAACUGUCAAAACAACGGCUGUAAAAUUAGCUAUGAGGGUGAACACAGUAACCUGGACAUGUGUAAGUACCAUCCUGGAAUUCCUAUAUUUCACGAAGGUCUCAAAUACUGGAGUUGCUGCCGAAAGAAGACCACCGACUUCACUGAGUUUUUGGAGCAAUUAGGCUGCUCCACAGGUCAUCACUGCUGGGUGAAGUUGGAGACUAAGAAAGUGGCUGCCUGCCGUUACGAUUGGCAUCAAACUGCCACCCACGUGUAUGUAGCGGUAUAUGCAAAGCUCUCUGACCCAGCAGUAACUUUUGUGGAAGCCAACCCCAUCAGACUCAAUGCAAAUAUUGUCUUUGGCGAGGCAAAUGUAUUUACAUUAGAUAUUGAACUUCGUGGGUUGAUUGACAUAGACCAGAGCAGUGUAAGCUUAGCAGCAUCAAAGGUAGAAAUCAAGCUACGGAAAGCUGAACCAUCAAGCUGGCGCACCUUGAAUAUUGAGAGAGAGCAGAUGUCUGAGAAUAAGACCGAUGACGAGAAAGCUGAUGAAAAGGCUGAAGAAGAGGGACUAGAAGAAAUGGUUGAUGCAGUUGACCUUAGUGAUCUUUGAGGGUAGUACCACAUUUAGGGUAGUGUAAGUGAUGUUUUUUAGAUAAUAUUUAUGUGCAAUAAGAUAUCCUGACUUAUUCUGCAUUAUUGAAGGAGGAGGAUAAACAAAAUGGCCAUUGUUUAGUAAAAUAUUACAAACAGGACUGCAGCACUAUCUGUUUAUCAGAGGAUGAACCAAGUAAACCUUUCUUAACUUUAGCAAUAUAGUACAGUAAUUCAACUAUACCGUUAAGAUGCACAUUUCAACAAAGCAAGUACAGUAUUAAGCAAAGACCCCUGUACUACACUUGGAUUUUUAGGUUAAAUUUGUUUUGCUUGUUCUGGUUAUCUGAUUUAAAAAAGAAUUCAUAUUUUAGUGAUCCUGUUAGUGGUGUUUUUCUACUGUUGGUCAUCUUACACAGGAUCACUGUAGGUUCAUAUUUCAGUUAGUUUGAGGCAUGCAGACUUGUUUAGUAAACAUUAAUUUGCAGGUUAUCCUCAUUUAAACAGGGUGGUGUUUUCUAGAUGAUUCUUCAUUUGCAAAAUCAAUAUACAGUACUGUACACAGAUUUCCAUAGAGGGAGGUUAUGUUCCGAGCCACAGUCAAAGUCCGCUUUUGGUCAUUGUGUACUGUAUUAAUUUCUUUGGCAUAUAUUAAUACAAAUUUAAUAACAAAUCACUGAAACUUUUAUAUAAAUGUGUAUACUCUGCUCACCAGUACAUUGUUGUUUUGUGCAUGAGGAGAGGCUGACAAUAGGCAUUUGUAGAGAACUACUUGGCCAGUCAGUAGCUUCAAGUGGGAUAAUGUCCACCUCAAAUAAUACAUUUUAAAAUGUUGCUGUCAUUCCUUGAUUCAUCAGUUGAAUAAUAAGUAAGUGGUUUAGGACAGAUAGAAAUUGAUCAUAUAUUAGCAUGCAGCUCAUUUGGAUGUUUAAGGUGGCUUGCAACAUCCUUGAGGUGUAACAAGGCCUUGAAACUGAGAAUGAGAGUCAUGGCAGUAGUGCCUUCACUUCCUCAUAAAAACAGUUAUUAAACAAGUCUUCAAAAUGUGCUGUUAUCCAGGCUUUUUUUUUAUUGAUAUAUGAAUGAUUAAUGUUUGAUGGAUAAAACCCUUUUAGCCAAGUACUGUAUUAUGGGAAUAACAGAAAUAAUGGCUUGCGUUCUGGUGGCUUCUUUUGCAGCACACAACGCAGAGAUGAAAAGCGUGCUGUGCAGCCAAAUAUAUGUAAACCUUACUUUGGUACAGCACCUGUAUAUACAGUGAGUUCUGCUAUAACGCGUGUUUUGACAACGCGAAUUUGCUGGAACGUGAUUUAUGAAUUGAGGAACGAUAUUUGUAAAACGCGAACUCGUUUGCUCUAACGC